AUGCCUCACCAGCCAGUUAUUCGACCUGACAAACCCGUGAGAGUUGUAUUUGAUGCAUCCAGCCAUUCGAAAAAUGAAUACUCUUUAAACGAUUGUCUCUAUUCCGGUCCUAAUUUAAAUCCACCAUUGUUAGAGAUAUUAAUACAAUUUCGUACACAUAGCAUAGCAUUUACUGCCGACAUUGAACAAGCCUUUCUCCAGAUUUCUCUGUCACCUGAAGAUAGGGAUGCUGUAAGAUUUUUGUGGGCAAAUAACCUUACAGAUAAGGAUGGGAAACCUAACACGAAAAUACUUAGGAUGACUCGCGUUUUGUUUGGAGCUACAUCCAGCCCAUUUUUGCUUGCCGCUACUAUCAAACAUCACAUAAAUACCUUUAAAGAAACAAAUCAGAAAGCAGUUAAACUAUUGAACGAAUGUUUAUACGUAGACGAUUUAAUAGGUGGGGAUGAAGACGAAAACGAAGCCAAACAUAUAUGA